CAUACAAUCUAUGGAGCAAAGAGAAGAAUCAGGUCCCCAGRUUUUUCCUGCUGAGUGCUCUGUGGGUGAAAGAAAAGCCCAUGAACUUCUGCCAUGCAGUAGAGCAGAGGGAGGCAAGGCCAGGGGCAGCAUGAGCAGAGCACUAUGUCUCCACCAGGGCAGCUGCUGACAUCUCUGCAGAGCUGUCCCCUCCAGGGCCACACUGAGAAGCUGCAGCAGGUUGAGAGGAAAGCGAAGAAAAACAGCAAAGAACCAGGAAAGACUCAAGGGAAAAGGUCUUGAGUGUUCAGUGGAUAUAAGUUUUUUCAUUAUUAAUCAAAGGUAUUAAAACCUUUUCACCGUGGAGAGGAGAACCAAGGCAGCUGGAUGGCGUCAGCAGGGAAAACGCUGGAGAAGACCAAGAAGGCAUUCAAGAUUCGUAAUASUACCAUAAGGGAGAUGCUGGCAGAAGGACUGGGAACAUUCAUCUUCAUGGUUUUUGGCUUGUCCUCUGUGGCACAAGUGGUAUUGGGAAAAGGAAACAGUGGUCAGUAUCUGAGCAUCAAUAUGGCAUUUGGCAUUGGUGUUACCWUGGGCAUCUAUGCGGCUGGAAAAAUAUCUGGAGCUCAUCUGAAUGCUGCCAUCACCAUUACACAAUGGCUUUUAGGAAAAAUCACCUGGACAAAGCUUGCAGCUUAUAUAAUCGGCCAGUUCCUGGGCUCCUUUAUAGCAGCAGCCACCGUCUUCGCCCUSUACUAUGAUGCUAUUUACCACUUCACCAACGGGAGCCUUACAGUGUCRGGACCAACUGCUACAGCACACAUCUUCUCCACUUACCCUGCUGCCAACGUAUCCUUGGAGGGAGCCUUCUUCACAGAGUUUAUAGCAACAGUUAUGCUGAUUCUGGGCAUUCUAGUCAUCCAUGACGAGAGAAACAACGCAGCCACGAAAGGUGCUCAGCCCAUGCUGACAGGCAYGCUGGUCUUGGGCAUCGGUCUGGGGAUGGGGAUGAACACAGGCUAUGCCAUAAAUCCCUCCAGGGACCUGCCCCCCAGGAUCUUCACGGCAAUGGCUGGCUGGGGAAUGGCUGUCUUCACGUCUGAACGUUCCUGGUGGUGGGUUCCAAUYGCAGCUCCAAUUCUGGGAUGUCCURCUGGUGUUCUUAUCUACAAAAUCUGCAUUGAUUUUCACAAUGAGCCUGCCCCUGAAACUGAGAAAGAACAGGCAGAYGCAGAGAGUUCCACACUGUGAUGGCCACGUGCUUUGAUGAUACAUGUGAAGGGCACAUCUGUUUGUCCACCAUGCAGGUAGACAGAUGAGGGACUAGAUUUCAGUAAACCUACUCUGCUCAAACAGACAAACUUGGUAUCCGAGAUAUUGGGCAGACCUGUGUAGGGCUAGACCUGACCRUGACCUCAAGAAAUUAUUUAAUCUCCCAGUGUAAAAAUCUGAAAAAAACCCCAAAACUCAACCCCCAAACAACCAUCACAUUCUGAGGAAAAGCAAGCAGAGCUACAAGUCUYCUGGCAGACGGAACAUUAUUAAGCUAGUUUGCAUAGAAAUUUUGCUCUGGAAUAUUCUUUGGUAAGAGGUAGAAGUUGCAGCAAUGGACAAGGGGCUUCARCUUGCUUUCAUUUGCAUAUCUGUCACCCUAACAAACACUUAGUUUGGCAGAGUACAGUAAAGAGAAGAGCAAGGAUGAUGAACCUGUUGGCUUUUUUUUUCAUGCUUGUAUUUUGUUUUUUGAUCUGAACAUUCAGGAAGCAUUAAACAAUUAGAAAACUAAACAACAGGGUCUCCUGAAUACUGCCACCGUUCUGCUGGAACACACUGAACYGUAUUUAUUACUGACAGACUAGACUUGAGCUACACCAAGUACCACACGAAAGAAGUCAGACAACUUCUGUGACAACAUCCCCAAAAACUCAAACAAAAAGUUCUAGCAAACACUUUUUGCAUGAGAAAUGUGAGAAGAGGUUGCCCCGCUGCUGCAGGAAUUCUGCUACCUGCAUCUGAAUGAGGAAGUUGAGCUGCAACAGCCUUACCAGUUUAAGGUGUCAUUGGAUUAAAGGCAGCACACUAUCAGAAGCUGCCUGCCCCCAGGAGGGGUGACAGCAGUCUCAACUUGUCUAGAAAGUGUUAAGCAAAUACGAUAGGUUUGUCAAGCACAUAACUGCAGUCCCAGGGCUGAGUGCCAUGAAUAACCAACAGAGAUCUCCAAGGGCAGGAAGGGACAGAACAUCACAACUGCACAGAAUUCCAGAAAACAGCAUUUACUGGCUUUAAUGAUCAUUCCCAUCUCAGUGUUAAAAGGAUGACUGAUGGAUUACAAUGGCAUGAGGUGAGGCUGAGUGGUAGGUACUGACAUCUGCUUUCUCAUUAGAGCUGACUUUUUAUCAGUAGAGAAGCUACAACGAAUCCUCUCCUGUCUCAAGAUGCACAUGGACCUGAGAGCAUUAGAGGAUUUCUUGUCAUCUGGAGGUGAGAGAGAGUGGUUGCCAGGCAAUCCAGCAACUGCAUUUGAAGGUGGGUCCUGGGCAGUGCUGGAAGCCAGCAAAAUAUGCCUGAGCGGYGGCUGCUGGCUGCAGAAAUUUUGCCAGGUGACUGAAGAAUAGAAGUGGAACAGCUGUCACAGCUCARUCUUUUGGCCUACAUGAAAUAAACUGGGAAUUUCUGAGUAGCUCAAGAGGGAUUAACUAAAAGCACUGUAAUCCAUCCCUUCUUAGUGAGAGAYUCUCCAUUACAGUAAAUAACAACCCAAACAAUCCAUCCUGCACACUGCUCUUGCCUUACAUCCUUU